AUGUCACCUUCAUCACUUAAACAGCAAUUAUCAAUAGAAAAGAGUAAUAGCACUAACAAUAAUCUAUCACAUCAACCACAGCCACAACAACCUGUAAAAGAAGUUAUAGAAACUGAAGUUAAAGAAGUUAACGAAGAAGAAGAAGAAGAUUUACAACUGUUACAAUUAAAGUUAGCUAAUAUGACACCAACUAAUAAUACUACUACUAAUAAAAAUGUAUUAACUCCAUAUAUAAAAUCAUUAAUGUUAGAUCCACCAAAUUUAACUCCAAAUGAUUUAUCACAAGUAUUAAAAGCAAUCUUCCAAGGGGCACCAUCUGAAGUACAAACUGCUGCGUUCUUAAGUAUAUUAAGAUUAAGAGGGUUAGAUCAAGAAGCUAAUUUCAUUGCUGCUGCUGUAACUACAGUAUUAGAAUUUGCUAAAAAUAUUCCACCUGAAACAGUGGAUUUAGAAGGGUAUAUAGAUAUUGUUGGUACUGGUGGGGAUGGACAAAAUACUUUUAAUGUUUCUACAAGUGCUGCCAUUAUAGCUGCAGGAAUGGGAUUACCAGUUUGUAAACAUGGUGGGAAAGCUUCUACUUCAACUUCUGGAUCUGGUGAUUUAUUAAAAUCUUUAGGCGUUGAUUUAUUUAAUAUUAAUGAGCAAACAACUCCAGAAAUUGUUAAGAAAUCAAAGUUUUGCUUUUUGUUUGCACCAAGUUUUCAUCCUGGUAUGGGUACUGUAUCUCAUGUUAGAUCACAAAUUGGUAUCCCCACGAUCUUUAAUAUCUUAGGUCCAUUAAUAAAUCCAAUCCCAAUUAAAGCAAGAGUAUUAGGGGUUUAUAGUGAGAAAUUAGGUGAAUCUUAUGCUCAGGCUGCAAGUAUUUUAGCACAAAAAUCUCAUAUUCAUAAAAGAACAAUGGUUGUUUUUGGUGAGGUUGUAUUGGAUGAAAUUUCUCCAAUUGGAUAUACUAAAUAUUGGAUGAUUGAAGGUGAUGGAGAAAUUAAGACCGGUAGAAUAUCUCCAGAAGAUUUUGGAUUACCUCAACAUGAAUUAUCUCUUGUUAAAUCAGGUACUCCUCAAGAAAAUGCUGAUAUUUUAUUACAUAUUUUAAGACAAGAUGACGAUGCAUAUACUGUUAAAGACAAGGAUAAUCAUCCUUUGGUCGAUUAUAUUUUAAUGAAUAGUGCUGCUGUUGCUGUGAUUGCUGGUUUAGCCAAGGAUUGGAAACAUGGGGUAGAAUUGGCUAAAGAUUCAAUUGUUUCUGGUCAAGCUUUGAAAGCUUUACAAGAUUUCCAAGCUGCCGUAAAUGAUAUAGUGUUGUAG